GCCAAGGUGUCAAGGUAGGGAGUUCUCUCCCGGAGCGAAGUGAAUGCCUUUCCCGGCCGGUUGGUCCCGGCGUCUCAGUACUCCUGGUGCUGCACCGACCGAUGGGACUCGUCGUCUCCUCGCGCGCGGUCGCGAUCAAGAAGGGUGAAGAAUCAUGAUCAGGCUCGCAGUCCUCCUCGUCCUCGCGAUCGACCUGGCGAACGGCCAGCUCAACUACGAGGGAAAUCCAUUCACGGAGUACACCGAGUACGUCGCGGAGGAGAGCAAUCUUUCCGAGAGGUCUGCUAGGAAAAAUGACGCCUCGAUCGACCUCUCCAGCCCCGCGGCAUCGUACCGUCCUCAGAAGCUGUAUCCGGUUGUGGAGCCCGGGAGCGAUGGGAGUUCGCGGCGAGCGGCGGAAACCGAUAAUCUUCUGAGAUCACGGAUUUCGUCUCGGCAGUUCCAAGACUCCUCCGGAAACACGCCGGUCAGCCAGGCGGAGGUCGCGCUGAACAGCUUCCUGAACUCCAAGACACCCGAGGAAUCUCGCCUGUCCCUCGAGCACUAUCUCCACAGUCAGCAUUCGCCGCAGGAUCAAUCGCGAUCUUCGGACGCGAUCAUCCAUCAGGAAUCGCCGAAGUCGACCGAGCCCCUCAACCAACAACCGGUCUCUCACGUUGAGCAACAGCAACAGUUGCUGGUCCCUCAGGUGAACCAGCAGCAAGUGCAGCUGACGUCGCAAGUGGACCAGGUCCAGCUGGUGCCGCAGCUGGUGCCGCAAGUAGAUCAACGGCAGCAAAUAUCCGCUGGCCAGGCUUACGGCUAUCUGGGACAACCAUCUGUGGUGCAGGCGGUACAGCCCGUCAUCAGGACACCCGCGGGAGUCGUCCUGGGACAGAAGAUGGUGCCGGUGCCGCUCGUGCCUGCUUUCCAAAGGACCGACAUGAUAACGCCGGCGAUGUGGCGGGAGAGAAUGAGGAGGAUACGCGGAAAACCGUACCCCUUCGCGCAACCUAGGAUAGCGCCGGCGUUGUACCAAGGGCCGAUCGCAGUUCCUUUCAAGGCCAAGGGUCCGAUGGAGGUGAUCUACACGAAACCGCCGGGUUUCCAUCGUGGGCCGCCCGUCCUCAGCAACCCACCGGUCCCCUACGAGGACGCGAGCACCUGGUUCCCCGACAGCGAUCAGCCGCCCUCCCACAAGGACGUCUAUUAUUCGCAGUUGUACGCGCAGUCCUACGACCCUCACUACUACAACUACAUCGCCGCGACCGGGAAAGUCCGGCCGUAUCUGUAUGGGAAGCUGGGCAAGCAGCAGGAGGAGCAGGACGACGGCAUCUGGUCGGAACUGUAUCGCGGCUUCAAGAAGCACGGCCUGAGGAAUAUCAUGACGCCGACCUUCUUGCUGGGCAUGACGCUACCAGUGGUCACCCUGAUGCUCUCCGCCCUUGUGCAGAAGCGGUCCCUCGCGCGCUCCGACGGCGCGAGGGAGUUGGACCAGGAGGACACUCUGCGAGAAUACCUCGAGAGGCUGCAGAGGGCGAUGGAGUGUUACGCCAGUAGGAAUUCCCGAGACGCGAAACUAGACGGAUGCUAGAAUCAAGGGUGCCGCCUGCUGCUAAACGAGCGACUUGUACCGAAUGACGCGUCAAAGUAUAGCUCGCCCGGCGUUCGGACGGCGACAAAUUUAUAACGUUUUUCAAGCUAUCUAUACUUUGGUAUUAGAAUAUAUGUGGAUUCUCCCUCAGCGCAUCAUCCUGCGUUGCAUCUCCACGUUACUCAACGACAGUUAGAUGUGACCGUUUGAUUCUAGAAUUCGUUUAUUUAACGUUACACGGAGAGAAUUUUCUCUUUAAGUUUAUCCUGAAACUCAUACGAUCGUACUUUGAAGUAAGCGCACGGCGAGAAUAAACAUUUUUAUACUUAAAUCGUGAUAAAGAUAAUACUCCUAAAAUUGUGCGUGCACUCUAGACAUAAACACGUAACUGCAUUUAAGCGGAGACCGGCCACGUUGAUCAAGCACGAUAGUUCGCAGUCUAUUAUUUUCUAAUGUCACAUACGAUACAUAAUCGUGCUUCGUGAACAUUUAAGUACAUGAAUACAUAACGCUCUUAGAAAUGUCACGUGGAUGCAAGCUUUCGAAGAUAUCGAGGACCGCAUGGAUUCGUAAAGCAAAUUACGCCUGCAACGUAGCGAUUAAAAUGAAGCGACGUACUCGCAACGCGCGUUGAAAAAAAAACUUUCGAAGUAAAAUCUUUCUCAAGCAAGAAAGAUUUUGUGCGGAUACUUUAAUUUCCAUUUAGCAACAAAAGGCAGUUUCCGGCGGGAACAAAAACACGCGUAAAAAGCGACGUUUUGCACACGCGACUCAUAUUAUUAUACGUCGUGCUACUGUAACACAGAUCCAAUGACACGCGAGCGUUCCCGCGAUGCGUUAUUAAUGUGUUAUGCAAGACCCACGUCUCUCUCCUGUCUGUCGCAAGUCGUUAGUUGCUAGAUGUGUGCUAGACAAAAAGGAGGAAAGGUAAAACCUGCUAAAAGGCUGCUCUUCCGGGUUAAAUUAAUUUAGGAGAAUUAAAUAGCGAGAGGCGAGCCAGACUUGCCGAUGUUGCGGCAUCAAACACUGUGUGUACAUAACAUGUAACUAAUAUACAAAAAAACAUAUAUAUAUAAUA